AUGAAAUUCGCAAACGGACGAACGAACUGCUCCGGGCAGCAGGAAAACCAGAAACACAACCACCCACCAUCGAACUGCUCGCCACCCUCAACCAAACUAGGCACCCUCGACACACAGGCCAUCCAGCACACCGCACUCCACAUCACCCAGCACACCCCAGACAGACGCACCAUACUCACUCUCGCACGCAUCGUCCUGCCCGACGACCUCGCCACCCCGCCCAGCGCACUCCACCCCAGAUUCGCCCUCCACCAGGCCCUCUUCCCCGCCCUGCUGGCCCCGCUCACCGCCCGCCUCAUCAGCCACCCCGCAGAAGACCAGCCACUGCUCCACCGCCUCCUGGACUUCGCCUCGCCCAAGCUCGUCUUCGCAACACUCCUGCCGCUCGUCUCCCCGAAGGACGACGCCUCGGGCCGGGCACAGACGGUCUCCCGGGUCCUGUCGACCCGCUUGCUGCGGCCGUCGGGCCUCCGAGGCCUGCUGCAAGCGCGCUUCCACUCGCUCUACCACAUCCUCUCCCACCCCUCCGCAGCCAUCCCCCCCACAGACUACUGGGCCACCAUCCUCACCAACCUCAUCCGCCUCAUCCUCCCCCCCUUCUUCGACCAGUCCGCCCCCGCCAGAGAGCCCGUCAAGCCCCCAGACACCAUCCGCAGGGCCGCCUGCUUCAUCCUCAGCCAGAUCGCCAUCCGCCAGCCGGACGUCUUCAAGGCCCACCUCUCGCCCCUGCUCCAUGCCGCCUUCCGGCCCACACCACCACCCUCAAACUCAGAAGACCACCAGACGCUCGUCUCGCCCGUCCAGAUCGACCACGCCCUCGACCUGCUCCACCAACUCGUCCUGAACUCCGAGCCCUCGCCCAUCUUCGUCGACCGACUACUCGCCCCGAUCCUCCCCCAGCUGCUCUCGCUGAUCGUCUUUCUUCUGCGCACGCGGGCCGAACCAGGCGUGCGCCGGGCGGCCGAGGGGCUGGUGGAUGUGUGGAUGGGCGUGCAUCCGCCGGAGACGGUGGCACGCUGGCUCGGCCGGGCAGUCCGCGAACUCGAGGCCGGCCGCGAGCUCGCUCCUCCCCGGCCCACACUCGCCCUCGCUGCCUCUUCCUCGGGAUGCGCUGCCAGCCAGUGGGCCCGAGACCCCGCGGGCAGACCAUGCAUCAAGGCCCGCCCCGAAGCACAGCCCGACUCGCUCGACUUCGCCCUCGACCCCGACGCGCUCGUCGGCUGGCUCAAGAGCCUCAAGUCGCCCCUCUUCCUCGGCCACCUCCUCGCGGCCUGGCUCGAGGAAGUCGUCCUCCUGCGCGCCCGGCCCGGCUUCGUCGAGGCCAAGAUGACCUUGUUCCGCAUCCAGCUAUCGCUCAAGGUGCUCGACGCCUUCGAGAUCCCCCAGAUCGUCGCCCAGCCGGCCCACUUCUUCCCCUUCAUCCUGCACGCCCUCCGGCUUCCCCUGGCGUCGCCCGUCCCCGCUCCGCCGUCACCCAAGCCUCCAACGAAGAAGAAGGAGCAACGGGCGGAUGGGCCGUUGACGCUGGACUCGCUGAAGUUCUUGGACCUCGAUCGGGAGUCUCCCGUCGAGCCGGAGCGCCAACAGGGUCUGCUGGAGGAGGAGGAGGACGAUGGGGACUUGGACCAUGGGAUCAUCGUCGCGGGGCUGUCGCUCUUACUUGCGCUUCUCGAAGGGCAUCCCGAGAUGGCCGAAGACAACACGCCGGGCCUGGGCGAGAUCUCGGGGUUGCUGGACGGCCUGCUGUUGAGCCCGACGGUGUCGGCGGAGGUGUACGAGUUGGGGAUCAAGAGUCGGCUGCUUCUGUCGGUGCGGCGGGCGCUAUCGCUUGUGGACGGGGGAGAGCGCGAGGCGACGGAGGAGUCGCGGGCGGCAGCGGAGGAGCAGGAGCGGCUGGAGCGGCAGUACCGGGCGGGGCUGGGGCUCCUGAACGACGAGUGUCUGCCCCUGCGGGCGCAGGGCAUCGUCCAACUGAAGACGGUCCUUCUGACGGCCCCGCGCAGUGGUCGGGCGGCGAGGAUGGUGGAGGGGUGGGCGCCGGGGGUGGUGGAGCUGCUGCUCCGGGCCGUCGAGGAGGCCGACAGCUUCGAGGAGGCCGCGAUCCGCGACUUCGACCGCGCCGUCAGGGUCGCCGAGGCCAUGGUCCAAGUCAUCCAACGCGCCGGCACAGCACUGUCUCUGUACAUCGACAGCCUCCUGCCCGCCCUCCUGCGAGUCCUCCACCACUCCCACCCCGCCGCUGUCCCGCUCAAGCCCUCAGCCUGGACGGUCCUAGCCACCUGCGUCGAACACGCUCCCACCGCGCUCGCGCCUUCCCUGUCGGGCCUCGUCCAGGCCUGUGUCUCCAUCCUGAGCCUCACCGACCCCUCCGAGCCACCCUCCUCCGACGACGAGCCGCCCUCCUCCUCGGAGGAGGAGGAAGAGCAAGACCCGCCCCCCAUCACCGCGCCGAUCCAUGCCGGCCACCACCGCACCUCGCUCCACCGGGCGGCCCUACUCUUCGUCCAAAGCCUGCUGGCCCAGACCCUGCCGCUCGAGCCCCGUCGUCAGGACCCCCUCGUCGCGGCGUCGUUGACCCAGAACGCACUCGACUCGCUCGCCCUCCUCCGCUCCGUGCUGGCCUACUACUAA